UAAACAGGUGGUGACCAUGUUAAACAGGUGGUGACCAUGUUAAAACAGGUGGUGACCAUGUUAAAACAGGUGGUGACCAUGUUAAAACAGGUGGUGACCAUGUUAAAACAGGUGGUGACCAUGUUAAAACAGGUGGUGACCAUGUUAAAACAGGUCCAUGUUAAACAGGUGGUGACCAUGUUAAAACAGGUGGUGACCAUGUUAAAACAGGUGGUGACCAUGUUAAAACAGGUAGUGACCAUGUUAAAACAGGUGGUGACCAUGUUAAAACAGGUGGUGACCAUGUUAAAACAGGUGGUGACCAUGUUAAAACAGGUGGUGACCAUGUUAAAACAGGUGGUGACCAUGUUAAAACAGGUGGUGACCAUGUUAAAACAGGUAGUGACCAUGUUAAAACAGGUGGUGACCAUGUUAAAACAGGUGGUGACCAUGUUAAAACAGGUGGUGACCAUGUUAAAACAGGUGGUGACCAUGUUAAAACAGGUGGUGACCAUGUUAAAACAGGUGGUGACCAUGUUAAAACAGGUGGUGACCAUGUAAAAACAGGUGGUGACCAUGUUAAAACAGGUGGUGACCAUGUUAAAACAGGUGGUGACCAUGUUAAAACAGGUGGUGACCAUGUUAAAACAGGU